UGAUUACCUUUGAAUCGAUCGACCGACCACACAAUCAACCACUUACGUCAAAUUGAAUAUUCAUCAUGAGUUUCUUCGCCAAAGACCCACGGUCAAGCAUGAUGCUCGGAGGUGGUCAAAGGACGACUGGAGCAGAUGUUAGACAAGAAAACGUAACAGCUGUUAUGGCUGUAGCUCAGGUAUUGAAAUCAAGUUUAGGACCUGUGGGAUUAGACAAAAUGAUGGUGGAUGAUAUUGGUGAUGUAACCAUCAGUAACGACGGUGCGACUAUUCUUUCAUUACUAGAAGUUGAACAUCCAGCAGGACGGAUAUUAGUCGAACUAGCUCAACAACAGGAUAAGGAAGUGGGAGACGGUACUACAUCGGUUGUUAUCAUUGCAUCUGAAUUGCUUAAACGAGCCAACGAUCUCAUCAAAAACAAGAUUCAUCCUACCACGAUCAUCACGGGUUAUCGUUUGGCAUGCAAAGAAGCCAUUAAACAUAUUCAAGAUCAGUUGGUGAUCAAAGUUGAAAACCUUGGAAAAGAUACACUCCUCAAUGUUGCCAAAACAAGCAUGUCCAGUAAAAUCAUUGGCUCUGACGACGAAUUCUUUGCUCAGCUUGCAGUUGAUGCUAUGCUGGCGGUCAAGACCAUCAAUCCUCGUGGUGAAGUCAAGUAUCCUGUCAAGGCUGUUAACGUGCUCAAAGCUCACGGUAAGAGUGCCUUGGAGUCAAUCUAUGUCAAAGGAUAUGCACUCAAUUGUACAGUAGCCAGUCAAGCUAUGAAGAAGAGGAUCACCUCCGCAAAAGUCGCAUGUUUAGACAUGAACCUUCAAAAGACAAGAAUGCACCUAGGUGUUCACAUCACUAUUGCUGAUCCUGAACAGCUUGAACAGAUUCGAAGGCGGGAAUCUGAGAUCACGCUUGAGAAAGUUCGAAUGAUCUUGAAAUCAGGAGCUAAUGUGAUCCUCACCACUGGUGGAAUCGAUGAAUUGUGCUUAAAGGAAUUUGUUGAAGCAGGAGCUAUGGCAGUACGAAGGUGCAGGAAGGAAGAUCUGAGACGGAUUGCACGAUGCACAGGUGGUAAUGUGGUCAGCUCUUUAGCAACGUUGGAUGGUGAAGAAGCUUUCAAUCCGGCCGAUUUAGGAACUUGUGAGGAAGUGGUACAGGAUCGUAUCAGUGAUGAUGAAUUGAUCUUGAUCAAAGGUACUAAACUACAUAGUGCGGCUUCGAUCAUCUUACGUGGUGCAAAUGAUUACAUGCUUGAUGAGAUGGAGCGGGCUUUACAUGACUCGCUUUGUGUGAUCAAGCGGACACUUGAGUGUGGCAAAGUAGUACCUGGUGGUGGUGCUGUUGAGGCAGCUCUCAGUAUUUAUCUCGAGAACUUUGCUACGACACUCGGCUCACGAGAACAAUUAGCGAUAGCCGAAUUUGCUGCAGCAAUGUUGGUGAUCCCUAAAACCUUGGCCACCAAUGCUGCGAAAGAUUCAACUGAAUUAGUAGCCAAAUUAAGAGCAAUUCAUAAUAUUUCACAAACUUCGGGACCUGAAGAUGCUAAAAAACAACUUAAAUAUUUUGGACUUGAUCUUGAAAAUGGUAGAGUUUCAGAUUGUGUACAAAGAGGAGUUUUAGAACCUAUGGUUGGUAAGAUCAAGAUGCUGAAAUCUGCACUUGAAGCUUGUACUGCACUUUUGAGAAUUGAUGAUCGAAUCGUCUUACAAAAAGAAGAACGUGGAGGAGGAGGUGAUGGACAUGACCAAUGUUAAGACUUGUAACUCAAAGUUAAAAGAUUAUCUGUCAACCUUUUUCAGAUGAAUCUAUUUACCCAACCUUUGAUCAUCUAUUAAUCAAAUCUAUUGAUGAUGAUGUUUCAAUUUACAUCAAAGAGUAUGUGCAGAAGAAAAAAGAUGACUAGAUUUAUCAUUCACUGGAUGAGUUUAGCGGUCAUAUCUAUCAUGAUCAGUGUCAACUAAAGACAAAAAAAUGUUACAUUUCAACAGUUUAAUGAAGACUUAAUGAGAAAUAUAUGGUACAAGUGACUUUUUGAAAUUUUUU